AUGAAGUUCGAGACAAGUGCUGCCAUCUCGGUGCUGCUGGGUGUGGCUUCAGCCCGCCCUGAUGCUGUGAGAUCAGGCUCUGCUGUGGUUGCCCGCCAGCCACACCGUGCUGGGAUGUUGACGAAGUUUCGACGAGAGGUUCCCCAGGAACACUCCCACGAGCCAAUCUUGGUAGCGGUCAACACUGCUCUGAAGCUGGACAACCCCAAGAACAUCCAGGAUGCAGUCUUCUCGCUGCUCGGCAACGCCGCCGCUGCUGAGGGUGCCGGUGAUGUUACCAACCUCGACUGCCUCCAGCAGGAGGUUGCCGACCAGGCCUUCACCAACGCCAAGGCCGCGGGUGAUGUUACCGCCCAGGCCAACGCCCUGCUUUUCCGCGCUCUUGAGCGCAACACUGGUAAAGUUGGUCUGGCAUCUGUGAUUUGCAACGAGACCGCUGUCAACCCCGAAGUCGCUGCAAUCAGCCAGCACCAGGACCCUGCUUCCGCCAAUGCCGCCGCUACGAACAAGCAGAUCGUCUUGGACCUCGCUGCCCAACUGGCUUCCAUCGGCGCCGACCCACAGCUUGCUUUGUCGACUGGUACCUUCCCCCCUGGUGAUGUUAACGACAACACUGGAAAGGGGAAAUCCUGCGAUGAUAUCGUCGACGUCGGCUGUAUCGUACAGCAGAACCUCCUCGUUGAAGAUGCCACUGCUGCUGAGAUUGACGCCGCCGUCGCGGCUGCUGGUGGCGCAAAAGCCGGUAACGGCAACGCCAACGCCGGCAACGGCACUGCUAAUGCCGGUGAUGCUGCAUGCGACGCUGCCGCAGGAGACGCCGCGAACAAUGCCGCUCCGGCUGGAAAGGCCAAGGGCAAAGCCGGUAAAGCCUCUGCUGGUAAGGACAACGCCGCAGGAGCUAAUGGAGGAGCCUCCGCUGCUGGCAAGCAAGCUGCCAACGGAGGAGCCACUGCUACCGCUGGCGUCGACGUGAACGCCUUCACUGGUUCGGUCGGCUCAGCCCCUGUUCCCGUGGUCUCUUCUGCUUCUGACCGUCCCUUCUCCGUCAACGGCGACACGUUCAUCAACUUGGGAGCUGCUGUCCAGCGUGCUUGUGAUGUUCAGAAGAACGCUUGCGCCAAUGCUGCCAACAGCGGUGGUAGCGGCUCCGUCGCCGACUGUGACGCCCAGGCUCAAGCUUGCCGCACCGCCAAUGCCAAGAAGCGCCGUGCUGCCCUCGACACCGGCUCUUGCGGUUCUCCCGCCAUCGAGUUCGCCGAUGGCCUCGACGGCCGUAAGGAGGCCAGCUUUGCUCCCGUCAACUCUGCCGACUUCAACCACGGCUCCGCUCUGAAGCCCGCCGUCAUCACCAGCUUCAUCUGCCAACAGCUUGAGAGCAAGUGCAAGGCCGCCCAGGCCACCGUCGAUGCCUGCCAGGAGGGCGCCACCGCUGCCAAUGCUGCAACUGGCCAGAACGCCGCCGAUGCGUUCAACGCUGCUCUCGGGGUCUAG